CACAUCAGUUAUUUUUAAUGAGGAGCUGACGUUGUCUGGUUAAUUUGCGUUGAUUCUGUGUGCGGAUGAAGGCCCGAUGAUUUGACAGAAGGGUAGCCGGCGGAAGUGAGCUCAGGUCAGAUGAGCUCAUGUUCAGACACCUGCAUGUGCGGCUACUAACAAACUCCCGGAGAUCAGAAAUGUGGCGUUCGGUUUUAUAAAGCAGGACUUUAAAAAUACAGAUCCACAAUGGCGGAUCGAGGAAACAGGAAGUUCUCUCCGCGAUACCGGAGACAGAGGGAAGCAGAUGAAGCCGAGCGAUGGAGGAGUCCGCGGGGACGAGACGACAUGAGCCAUGACCACACUUACAGUCCCAAAAACAACAGAAGAGCCAAAGCGUCUCUGUCCUGCAGCUCUCCGGAGGGUCCAGCGUUUGGUCAGAGUCCGUCCCACAGAGAGCGAGUCCAGAGGAGUUCACCUGCCGACCGGAGGAACUGGAGAGAUCGGCCGCGAGAUGGACAGAAACACGACGGAGCGCAGAGCUGGCGGGACAAGAGCAAGUUUGUGUCUAUUGAAAGUUGCCUCACGAGACGGGACGUUUUACAGCUGUGUUUGGAAGCAGAGGGCAGCGAUUUUGACCCGAAGGAGUCAAGCGUCAGCCUGAAGUUCAGAUGUGAUAAAUGUAAGGUGUUUUGUGAGGACAUCUCGCCAGCUCUCAGUCACAUCAGAGAACGCUCCCACAGGAAGAAAGCCAAGGAACUGCAGAAACUGGCGCAGCUGUUAAACAUCCCUCCUCCUGCAAAAACACACUGUCUUUCAAUCAGCUCUGCACUAGAAAACAUCGUCACUGAAUUUGGUUUAAACGACGAGGAUUUGAAACAACGGCAAAAUAUUCUUGCUCUCAUUGAAAAAGUCCUUCAUCCUGUUCUUCCAGAAUGCCAGUUCAGGUUAUACGGGUCUUCCAGCACCAAAUUUGGCUUCAAAGAUUCUGACGUAAACAUCGAUGUCAAGUUUCCAUCCCAUUUCCAGCAUCCUGACAUCCUGCUUGCAGCUCAAGAGCAUCUUUCUAAAAGCUCUCUUUUUGACAGUGUGGAGGGAGACUUUCAUAGGAGGAUGCCUGUAGUUGUGUGCAAAGAGAAAUCAAGUGGACUGAUCUGCAAAGUCAGCGCAGGCAAUGAAAGCGCAUGUUUGACAACAGCGUAUUUGUCUGAGAUGGCGGAUCUGGAGCCUCAACUCGUCCCGCUGGUCAUUUGCUUCAGAUACUGGGCAAAGAUUUGCUGUGUGGACCAGAUGGAAGAAGGUGGACUUCCUUCAUAUUGCUUUGCUCUCAUGGUCAUCAGUUUCCUGCAGCGACGCAAAGAGCCCAUCUUACCGACAUAUCUAGAAUCUAUGGGUUUUCCCUUGAGUAAACUCAAGAGUUUCUCCUUAACCGGGGUUGAAAAAGGACAUGUGCUUUGGGUUUAUGACCAAACAAAUGAUUCAUCACUAGAUAAAGACAAAGCCGUCAAGAAGGGAAAGGCUCCGCUGGCUUUCAAAAGCCGAAGUCCUGUGCUGUUAGGAAAGCUUUGGAUCGAGCUGCUACGGUACUACGCACUGGAAUUUCAAAUACCUGAGAAAAUCAUUAGUGUGCGCACAAACGGAGAGCUGUGGCGGGAUCUAAAAGAUUGGCCCAAAAAGAGGAUUGCAAUAGAAGAUCCAUUCACCGUCCAGAGGAACGUGGCUCGGACGUUGAACAGUCAGACGAUGUUUGACUAUUUGUUGCAUUGCCUCAAAACAACUUACAAGUACUUUGCUUCUCCUUCCAAAAGCACAGCGGGGAAAAUGAGCACAAGCCGUCGAUCUGUGAGUGUAAAUCAUGCUGAUUCAGUGAAGAAGAGCGCAAAAGUGUCAUCUGAGGGUCUGAACGGGCCUCGUGUCAAAUCCAGUCCACACAGUGCAGAAGAUCUGGAGGAUUCAGACUGCCUGAUCGAGCAGGACGAUGAGGAGGACGAGGACAGUGAGGGUGAAGAUGAGGAAGAAGACGAAGACGAUGAUGAUGUAGAUCUAGAUGAAUCUGGCUGUGAACAUUCGGGCGAUGAGAUCUUCCCCUUUGAGCGCGAGAUGAGUGAUGAUGUGCUCUCAGAUGGAGAUCCAGAGGAGCUCCAAACUGUCCCAAACUUACCCAAAGCAGAGUCCACCAAAGCGGAGUCAACUGCAGGAACACAGUCGGACUCUGAAGACUUUCAUUACGUCUUCAACAAGCGCCUUUUCACUGAUGGCAAGUCGCCGGUUCAGAUCUGCGGCGUCUGUAAGAGUGAUGGACAUUUGAAGCAGGACUGUCCUGAAGACUUCCAGCGAGUGGAGUUGGAGCGUCUUCCACCCAUGACUCGAGACUUCCAGAGGAUUCUCAGUGACGUCUGUGAGCAGUGCUACCGUGACUUUGCACCAGAUGACGUGGAGUUAAAAGUCAGAGAACACAUUUUACAAGAUUUUGAGUCCUUCUUGAGAUGUCAAGUGCCAGGAGCAAAGUUGGUUUUAUUUGGUUCGUCUAAAAAUGGCUUUGGCUUUAAACAGAGUGAUUUGGACAUCUGCAUGACUCUAGAAGGCCACGACACUGCAGCGGGCUUGGACUCCAUGGCUAUUAUUGAGAGUCUUGCUAAAGCACUGCGCAAACACCACGGCCUGAGAAACAUCCUACCUAUUACUACUGCAAAAGUCCCAAUUGUGAAGUUUUACCACACCAAAACUGGACUAGAGGGAGAUAUAAGCUUGUACAAUACUCUGGCUUUGCACAACACACAGUUGCUGGCGUCAUACGCUGCCAUUGAUGCUCGAGUGAAGAUCCUCUGCUACGUCAUGAAGGUUUUCUCUAAAGUGUGUGAUAUUGGAGAUGCGUCGCGCGGCAGUCUUUCUUCAUACGCAUACACUCUGAUGGUGCUGUUCUUCCUGCAGCAGAGAAGCCCACCGGUGAUCCCUGUUCUCCAGGAGAUCUAUGAUGGCGAGCAGAAGCCGGUGGUCCCCGUCGACGGCUGGGAUGUGUAUUUCUUCAAGGAUCUGAAGAACUUGCACAGACACUGGCCGGAGUACAAGAAGAACCGGGAGUCGGUGGGUGAGCUGUGGCUCGGCCUGCUGCAGUUUUACACCGAGACCUUCGACUUCAGGGAGUCUGUGAUCUGCAUCCGCAGAAAGGAGCCGCUCAGCACCUUCAAGAAGCAGUGGACGUCCAAACACCUCGCCAUCGAGGAUCCGUUCGACUUGAGUCACAACCUUGGCGCUGGUCUGUCCCGGAGAAUGGCCAGUUUUAUCAUGAAGGCCUUCAUCAACGCCCGCAGAGUUUUCGGCUCUCCUGUCAGAGUGUUUCCUCCAGAUUACUCCAAUAAAAUGGAGUAUUUCUUUGACCCAGAAGUGCUCACCGAGGGAAAACUUGCACCUAAUGACCGCUGCUGCCGCAUUUGUGGGAAGAUUGGCCAUUUUAUGAAAGACUGUCCGAUGAGGAAGAGGCAAAGACGUGAUAAUCCCGAUGGGUUCUUCAGUGGCCGUGACGUGAACCGAUCCAGCAAAGUAAUGACAGACGGCAGCCCGUAUAAAGACACACGGUGGAGGCAGAAAGAGGAGAGAUGCUGUUUUCUGUGCGGCUCCAACUCUCACAUCAAGAGAGACUGUCUGCUGUCCAAAUCUAUAGAAUCCUCUCCAAACACCUACCAAAGAAGUCCUGCAUCAGACAGGGACAGGGUGGAAAGUCCUCAACAGGACCGGAGGAAGAAGAGAAAAGCCAAAAGGAUGAUUUUGGGUCCUGAAGCCGGUAGUCUUUCAAACAGACACUCAUCCUUAAGUACAUCUGUGGAGAAGUGGAGCCCUUUUAAGUGACCCUCAGAAGUGAGCAUCAGGCUGAAGAGUGUUGAUCUCCAGUAUUAUACAGUUAGAACACCUCCAUGAAUGUGCCUUUUACAGGUGUCUAAUUUUUAGUUGUUGUUUUCUUUUUCUUCCCCUAUUGUGGAAUGAAUUUGACGCUUCAUUUUAUCCGUUUUAAUUUAAUUUUUUAAUUAUAAGUCCAGUUCAUUACAGUGCUUUGUCAUUUAGAUAAAUCGUAGCCCCCGUUGUGUGUUUACAAUUCGCUCGAAUAGUUUUAGUAGAACAUUUUGCACAGUUGUGCGUCUUGUGUGUGCCCAGCAAGCAUCUUUUGUUUUUUAAAGAUGUCCAAUAGACAUCUAAACAUAGUCUAAAUUUGGGCUGACAUCUAAUAGACAUCUAAGAAUAGCCCAAAAACUAGACUAGUCAUGAAUUAAGCAGAAAUGACUGACUACACUUAUAAAGUCUGUCUAAUCUUGACGACUAGUCUAGUUUUGGGCUAUUCUUAGACGUCUAUUAGAUUUUCACUGACAGGUUUAACCUUGUUUUAGCCAAUCUAUUUACGUUUAGAUGUCUAUUAGAUGUCUAUUAAACACAAAGUUGUUUGCUGGGUGUAUGUGUGUUCACCAAAAAGCAUUUUAUUUUGUAGAAAGAAAAAAAUAAACCAAUGUACAUGCGAUGUUGGGUGGGGUCUGUGUGUAUUUACAUGCUAAUAAUGAUGUUGAGCUUUUUUCAUUGUGCGAUUUCUGUUUGGCUGGGCUUGGUUUUAGUUCUUAUCGCUUUAUUUGAUAGUUCUUGCUGAAUGAAUUGUGUAUUUUUGGAAAGGCUGCACUGCAUUAUUAUUAUUUUUUUAUUUUGCAAUGUUAAUAAUAUCAAUUCCCUCCAUACUAGAUGAUCAACUGUGUGUGUUUUUUUUGUGACGAUAAAUUAAUUUUGUCAUAAAGACGUCUGCGCACUUUGUUCUGGUAAUUGAUCUACAUGUUAUGUCUGCAAUAAUGAGAAAUGUUAGCUCAUUUGUUGCUACUGUGGUGGUAGACCUGUUGCAAUAAUCAAUAUAUUGACGUAUUGUUCAAAACAUGGACAUGACGUCAGUCGUUUUUUGGUGACGCACUAACAGUUUCCCAUCAUGUUUACAUCAAAACGAAUGUCAGCAACAUUUUAGCUGACUGCAACCCUUGUCAUCUCAUCUAGUUUGUGUUAGGUCAUUUAUUUUAAUAAACAGCAGCUGAAGAAAAGACCAACUUUCACCUUUUAACCUGAUGUUUUGGAUGAAGUUGUGAAAAUGAGCUCUGUUUUAGGCUGCACCGACCUCCAGAAAAGUGCAAAAUGGCAAACAUUCAUCAAUAUUGGCUAAUAAAUCUGCAUGAAAUCACAA